ACUUCUGCUCUUCCAGAAGAGACGGACAGAAGAACCGGUGCUGGUUUUAACUGCUCGAUCGUGAAACGACCAAGGGACUAUUGUGAGACAUUUGUGAUUCUCCUCGAGCUAUUUGCGGUGGAAGAAAUCACUUUUGUUGUGGAUUUUACUCUCCUGACAUUUUGAACUAAAAGUGUUAUGCGCUAAUCACUUUAUUUACGGAGUUUUAACCGUUGGGGAUCUCUGAAAUUCAAAGGCAUCAGUUGGAGCACCAGGAUUUAAUCUGUGGGCCAGAUAUGGAACUUUAACUUCAUUCCUCACAUACGCACCAUCUCUCCUGGAGUGAAUUCGCCUGGUUUUAACUUUGCGCUCUUCCAGCAAUGGUGGGGCACUUACAUUUACAAGCUAUGGAUGAGAGUUUGAAAGAAAAGAACCGGGAAGGGCUGCUCGAUAGUCCGGAUUCAGGACUCCCUCCGAGUCCCAGCCCGCCCUUCUAUUCUCUGUCGCCGGGGAUCCUUGAGUCGAGGUCCGGCAGCUGUUCAACACCAACAGAGCUGCAGGGAUACAGCAGAAAGGAGAGCCGGCAGGGUAAACUGCUGCCGUACUUGCUCCUGAACUCUCAAGGUCCAGAUGCCAAGUCACGCAUGUACCCUGUGGUCUAUGGAGAGAGCAUUGAGAUCAACCCCAAACCAGAAAAAGAGAUCAAGUUCAAUUCUGCAGUGAGGUAUGCUUCAGACAGACACUUCCGCGACCAGGUGUACUGUGCCCAGGUCCCGACCGCCACGUCAUUCAGCGAGACAGUGGUGGCGGUGCAAAACCACACGUGGCGUAGCUACAAGUCAGAGGUUCACUUUGAGCCACGGCUCAGGCCGCUACACUUCCAAAGCACGGCCAUUGUGUUCCCCAAGCAUGCCCGGAAUACAUACCGCACCACGCUUAACUACAAUGGCAACAGAAAAUCAGCUGGGAGACGAUGGUUUGUGUCCACAGUCAGACUGGAGUCCACCGAGGAUGCCAGUCCAUGUAUCAUUUAUACAGAAGACCUCUGAGAGAGGUUUGUUAUCAUUCCCACAAUUAAGAAACUCCCUUUUUAGAGCUUCAGUGAAAGUACUUGGACUUGAGCAACAGGGCUCUGUUACUACUACAACCCUGAUUAAAUUGGAUGGCUAGAGACUUCAAAGAAAAUAAAAGAGGAAAACUAAGUCGGUGGGGGCCAUUUUGUUCUCUUCUGGAGAAGUUGGUACUUGACAAAGGGAAUCUGGUGGAGCUGUGUCUGUGCAGUCAUGUCGCAAUAUACGUGUGUAAUGUGUUAGUAAUGUAUUUAUGUACAUCUGAGUUUUUCUUUAUGAAUAAUAUCCAGUCAAGCCAGUCAGAAAGGGGGGAAAAAAUUGGGCCGAAACUGUUUCGGAUGUUUGCUUAUAGGUCUGCACGGAAUCUGCACGUGCAGAACAAAUAUCAAUUCGAACAAAUGUCAAUUACAGAAUUCUACACAUCCCCCACCCUUUUUGUGUUUUAAUUCAAAUCAAAUAUUUUAUGUCAGUACAUUGAGCGAACCAAGAUAAAUUCUGGUAACUCACACGGUAACUUUUUAAAGCUAAAAUGUACGAAUUUUGCCGAAUUUGUUAUUGCCUACAAAUACUGUAAAACUGUAAUACUCAGCUUUGUUUAGGCAAUUUUACCAUUUGAAUUCUACUUAUUUUCAGAGAAAAUCUGAGAAAAUGAAAAAACUGUACAGAUUCCACGUGGGCCUGAUUAUUUGUCUUAGUAUUGGCAAUUUUUGCAAAUGCUCAAAAAUGAAACGCCUGACUAUAAUAAAGACUAAAUGCUGCCAUAUUUUAUUGCUAUAUUUUUGGAUAAAGACUGUGGCCGAGAGAGCAGCACAAAGUAAAUUGGGAUUAAACCCAACAUUUUCAGAGAACUUGCAAAAAAAAUAUAAACUGUAUUUGAGUUGCACUUAUGGUAAGGAAAGUUUUUUUGUUGUUGAUGUUUUUUUUACCAAGGUUAUAAAUGUCUUGGUAUGAAAAAGAGCAAAUCAAUAAGUGAGAGCACUUAAAAGGUUGGACCAAAGAUUCUGUAAAAGUCAUAGAAAGGGAAAUACAACCUUAAAUAUUUCCUCCCUUUCUGUUUGUACCUCAGAAAAUGUUGAAUAAUUCUUGCCCAAGAGUUUUAGAAGCUGCCCAGGGUUUUGACAUUCAAUGGUCAAAAUAUGACCUGAACUCACAAAGCCAACCUGGUCUCAUAGAAGAACGUUACUAUAACUACAUUUUGCAAACUAACUUUUAUGUGCCAAAUUCUACGUUUCGUUGCAGUGUCCUGGUGAAAUUAACACUAGAGGCACUACAACAAUUGUGUGUUUUAUUCACUUUCACACAAAUCAUGACUGCAACAGCUGAUUAUGACUUUAUAAACAGUUCUUUUUCACUCUAUUACUCACACACAGCUAUGUUAUGAUAUCCAAACACUUAUACUAUAAUGCUUCAUUUGAAAAAUCCACUACAUUUACACACGUAUUCCGAUGUGAUUAGCUUGCGUGGUUGCGCGACUGAUAGACUAUUGGCCUUUGGACCGCAGCUCGAGACCAGCCAAGCAUGCAAGCUAACAGGUGAGACUAAAGUGUCAUUGAAGUGACACAAAAUCAAAAUAUUUGCUUUUCAUUUCUCAUUUUAAUUUUGGAAACUAUUGCUUAGGUUUUGGCAUUGGUUUUGGGAAAGGAUGUCUCUUUAGUGUCGAACUCUCAUUUGAAUUAAGAUUGCUAUUGGUUAGGUUUAGGUUAAAGUUUUAGGUUAGAGAAGUAUGUACUCAUUAAAACCUUCAUCUUAUAUUCAACUUAAAAACCUCGUCUGAUUACAACACCAUUUCACUGACUUAUGGUGCCCCCAACUGGACAUUUCACUGGGAAACUGCGGCCAAAUGUGUAUUAAGGCACAACAUUUUGUCACGAUCAUGUAAUGUUGUUAGAGAAUGAAAGGAAAUGCAAGAACGUAGAGAGAAGUUGUAUUUGAAAUGAUUACCAAUAGAUUGAUUGAACAUUGGGAUUUGUGCUGGUUUUGUGAGAAAGGUUCUUGUCAAGCUGCAACCAUGAAUCAGAAUAGUUCAUCUGGAGGGGACAAAGUUAAUUUACCUCAUGACAUCUGAAGACUAUGUGCAGUCAUCCGAUAUACAUUCUGAUUGUAUGGUUGGAUAACCUCUGGUUUCGAGAAGUAAUGUGUAUUUUUUGUUUUUCUGUAUUCUUGUUUUUGGAGCCAAACCGUCUCAUCCAAAAUCUUGAUUAAGUGAACUGUUUCCUCCAGCUAAUGCAUUUCCUCUUUAAUGUGUAACACAAUCUCUUUUGUUUAGAGGAGAGGGAACACGUUCUGUUCUGACUGGCUUUAACUUCUGCUCUUUUUUUAGAAGGUAAUGAGAUAUAAUGCACAGAUACUUCGAGAGGGAGAUUAUGACUAAAGCGGUCAGGGAUUGGGAGGUGUUAGUACUUUAUGUCUGUCUUGUGUUUGGUCUAUAAAUUUAGAAAUCUUUAUAAGCUGAAAGUGGAAUUGUAAAUUUAGAUCUCUUACCUCAUUAAAAAUCUCUUGUUUUGGCUUGUAACAUAUUUCUUUUUUUAUGAUGGGUAUCCUCUGUUGCAUGAAAAUAGCAGCAUAUUUUGUAUUAUAAUGACAAAGAAAAAUGUAUGUUUAAGUCUGUAAUGGUAUAUGGAUAUAUUGGAAGUGCUGAGAGGAAAUACAUGGCAGUAAAACACAAAAGGUUCUGUCAAAACAAUGUAAUACAGUUAACUAGUGCAUCAUGCACACAUAUUCCACGACAUUACUGGAAAACACACAUACCAUAGACGUUUAGCUGGUUUAAAUUACUUAAAGGGAUAGUUCACCCCAAAAAUGAAAAUUCUCUCAUCAUUUACUCCCAGAUGUGUAUGACUUUCUUUCUUCAGCAGAACACACAUUAAGAUUUUAGAUGAAUAUCUCAACUCUGUUGGUCCAUACAAUGCAAGUGAAUAGUGAUUUUCAAGCUCCAAAAAUCCCAUAAAGGAAGCAUGAGCAUUUCAUGAGAAAUUCACUAAGUGUUGAUAAGAUGUGAAAUCUUAUGGGGAGGGGGGUCAUGUCCGAUAAAUCACUCCUUCUUACAGUACGUGUUGGAAUGUUUUACCUGAGAAAUUAUGGACUAUUGAUUAGGAAUUUUUGCAAUGUGUUGCAUGCCGUGCAGAAUUAUUAGACUGGAGAUGAGGGGAGAGUUUUUAUUUUUUCAUGUGUAUGAAAUUCUAUUAUUACAUUUGUUUGAUGUAAAAAUGCUCUCUGCUAACUGAUCAAUCUUUGUUUAGGGGUCGUUCCCUAACACGAUGAUUUGUGUGUAUGUAAAAUACUUUCCUGUUGUAUAUGUGGAAUACAGCACUCAUUCUCUUUAUAUUUUUGUAUAAUUCCCAGGUUAAUGAUCUUUUGGGUAACAAAUGAGAAAAUUAUUUAAGAAAAAAUAAAUGUAUAUCCAAACUGAAUAAAUAAAAG